AUGCUGAACAAGGUGUCCAACACUGCCAUGGUGUCCCUGGCGGCCAUCCUGGUGCGUUGGUGUGUGUCCCUGCACCCGUACUCUGGCCAGGGCAAGCCACCCAUGUAUGGCGACUACGAGGCACAGCGGCACUGGCAGGAGGUGACAGUGAACCUGCCCCUGGCGGAGUGGUAUGCCAACACCACGGACAAUGACCUGCAGUACUGGGGCCUGGACUAUCCGCCCCUCACUGCCUACCACAGCUAUCUGUGUGGUGUGGCAGCGCGCAAACUGGAUCCGCGCUUUGUGGCUCUGCAUGAGUCACGUGGCUACGAGAGUGACGCACACAAGCUGUUCAUGCGGUACACCGUUUUGCUGGCCGACCUGCUGCUGUUCUUCCCCGCUGCUUACUGCAUGAUGCAGGUGCUGGGCAAGUGGCGCGCUGGCCGGCAGGAGUUUGUGUGCCUGCUGCUUUACCCCGGCCUGUACCUGGUGGACCACGGACACUUUCAGUACAACGCCGUGUCCCUCGGCCUGUUUGUCCUGGCUGUGGCAGCACUGUCUUCAAACAGGGACUGUCUGGGGACAGUGCUGUUCUGCCUGGCUCUGAACUACAAGCAGAUGGAGCUGUACCAUGCCCUGCCCUUCUUCUUCUACCUGCUGGGUGUGUGCUUCAGGCAAGGUGGCAUCCUGGGGUUCAUGUGGAAGCUGAUCAAGCUCGGGUUCUGUGUGGUGACGACCUUCACGGUGGUGUGGCUGCCCUUCGCCUCCGAUGCCACUGUGCUGGCCCAGGCUGUGCACCGCCUCUUCCCCUUUGAGCGUGGCCUGUUUGAGGACAAGGUGGCCAGCGUGUGGUGUAGCCUGUCCGUGGUGGUGAAGGUCAAGGCGCUGGUGGACAACAAGAACAUGGCCCUCAUCUGCCUGCUGUCCACCGUGGUCUGCAUGCUGCCUUCCUCACUGCAUCUGUUUGCCCGCCCCACACCCAGGCACUUCCGCUACGCCCUCCUCAACGCCUCCCUCGUGUUCUUCCUCCUCAGCUACCAUGUUCACGAGAAAACCAUCCUGCUGGCUGCCAUCCCCGCCUGCAUGCUGGUGUCCGAGGAGCCUUUCAUGGCCGCCUGGUUCCUCACUGUCUCCACGGUCAGCCUCCUUCCUCUCAUGAUCAAGGAUGGCCUCACGGUUCCCCUCCUGGGCCUCACUGUUGCCUUUGUGGCCCUCACUCACUACUACCUCCUGCCGGGGACACAGAAGGUGGCUAGGAAGACGUCCCUGUGGGUAUGGAUGAGGAGGACCUAUUUUCUGUCCCUUGCUGGCCUUAUGUUACUUGGAGGGGCUGCUGUACUAGUGCCACCUCCUCCCAAGCUGCCAGACCUCUUCCCUGUCCUGCUGGCUAUCUACUGCUGUGGCCACUAUAUCUUCUUCUGCCUCUACUUCCAUUACUGCCAGUUUACCAUCAAGUACAACAGUGCCUCAAGCAACAACACUCACACUGCCAACGCCAGCAAUAACAAGCAACAGCGCAAAGUUAAAUCCAACUAAGAUCAAAAGGAUGAAUAGUGACUCUUGUUCCUAAUUUAUGUGAUGGGGUUGUGUUUGCAAGCAUCUCAGUGUCUUUGCUGACUACUUUUAACAGGUUCUUGUGGAAGUUAUGAGGGUUUUCAAGGGUAUUUUCAUGGAUUUAGUGGUUUUAACAACUUUACUGGAAAUUAUUGAGGUCUGUCAAGGACGUUUUUGUGUUUCCAGUGGUAGUUUAAUAGGUGCUAUGGAAAAUUACUGGAUUUUUUAGCUGACUUUAUUAGAGAAUAUUAGAAGUUUUCAUGAUUUGAGUGAUAGUUUAACAAGCUCCAGUUGAAGUUGUUGGGAUUUUCAAGAGUGUAUGUAUGAAUUUAGUAAUAAAAAAAAAAAAACACCAUUAAUAGGAAAAAACUAAAGAAAACUAAAGAAACACACUUAAAAGAAACCUUGAACCAUCUGUGUAACCUUCAAAACUAGCCGUAGAGAGAGACUGAAGGCCUUGGAGGGAGCAAAGUGUCUGACGGAGGGGAUCUGCACUCGAGAGAUAAACACUUGGAGAUAAGACACAGAGAGAAGAGGAACAAGAUACUGUCAACCAACUCUCUAGUGACAGAAUGCGCUGAAGAUAAACUACAAUCUAUGCCAUCAAUUCUGGUCUAUUUUUUCAUGUUCUUUUGUGUGUUUUUGGUGAAUAAAAGAAAUAAGUGUU